AUGCCAGCUGAAAAAUACGGAGCUAUCCUGGAUGCUGGAUCGAGUGGUACUCGCAUUCAUAUCUACCGCUGGGACGACCCCGAGAAGGCCCGUAAAAAGGCAACUAAAGACCAGCUCUCAGGUCUCCCCGAGAUCAUAACAAGUAAAAAAUGGGCAAAAAAGAUACACCCCGGUAUCUCGACAUUCGGCGAUCACCCUGAAGAUGUUGGUCCUGAUCACCUCGCAAAACUCUUUGGGCAUGCAUUGGAGCACAUCCCAAAGGAUUCAAUAGCGGAAACGCCACUCUUUUUGUUAGCAACAGCGGGAAUGCGGCUGCUUCCUGACAUGCAGCGCCGGAGGUUGUUAGAUGAGAUCUGCACGUAUGCGCGGCGCAACACAGAAUUCCUGCUACCCGACUGUGGUGUGCAUAUACAGGUUAUUUCCGGUGAGACCGAAGGCCUGUAUGGAUGGAUUGCCGCGAACUAUCUAUUGGGCGGAUUUGACGACCCUUCAAAGCAUGCACAUGGAAAAGGACAUCAUACCUAUGGGUUUUUGGAUAUGGGGGGUGCUAGCGCGCAGAUUGCGUUUGCACCGAAUGCGACGGAAGCGGCGAAGCAUGCGGAAGAUCUGACUUUACUAAGGAUGAGGACAUUAGAUGGAACGCCUAUGGAGUUUGGAGUUUUUGUUACAACAUGGCUUGGGUUUGGAGUCAAUCAAGCCCGGAUACGAUAUGUGGAUAGUCUUUUACUGUCAAGCGGUGGGAAUGGCGUCACAGAGUUACCGGAUCCCUGUUUACCUGUCGGAUUAAAGCUCACAUUAGAUGGGAAGGAGAUCGACACCCAAGACUUGAAGGCUUUAGAGGAGGAGCACCUGGUGGGAACCGGCAAAUUCGAGGAAUGUCUCUCUCAAACCUAUCCUCUGCUCGCGAAGGAUGGACCAUGUUCGGAGGUUUCAUGUUUGCUCACAGGCAAACAUGCCCCUGCAAUAGAUUUUGAUAUCAAUCACUUCGUGGGCGUAUCAGAAUAUUGGCACACCACUCACGAAAUCUUUGAAAUCGACUUUAAAACAAAGUCUUACGAUCUCGCAACGUACCAAGCCCGAGUCAAGGAAUUCUGCAGCCAGGAUUGGCCCCAUAUUGAAGACCUCAUAGAGGAGCAUAAAUGGGGUAAAAAGGUAGAUGAAGAAACCGCCGCGGCAGUUUGCUUCAAAGCGUCAUGGCUCAUUAAUGUCCUGCACACUGGCAUUGGAAUCCCGCGGGUCGGGCUAGAACCAACUGGCAGCUCAAAGCAUAAUGUAACAGAGGUUAUCGAUGCCGCUAAAGACAAAGGCUUCAUCAACCCAUUCCAAGCCGUUGAUAAAAUUGGAGAUGUGGAGGUCUCGUGGACAUUAGGCAAAAUAAUUCUGUAUGUUUCUAGCAAGGUUCCCCCCAAGGAUAACACUGUAAUGGCAGUUGGUUUUGGAAGCAAUACUCCCCCCAGUGUCAAUGGUCUGCCUAGUGACUUUGAGUUUGCCUCUUCGGAGGCAGAAAAUUCACCAUACCAUCUCCCGCAGCCGGGUCAGGCAGGCAAUAGCGGUAACACAAACAACAGCAUGGACAGCGAGGGCGAUUCGUCUCACUGGCACGACAAUCUUUGGAAUGAAGGCGACAAAGUUCCACGUCGAAUUCCUGGAAUUGUACUAUUCCUGCUUAUCUUCUGUAUAGCAGGAUUUCUCCUCCUAGGUCGAGAGCGCAGGGGGAAGAUCUGGCGUAGCAUUAUCGUUUCAGGCAAGAACAGCAAGAGAAAAAUUCUUGGACCCAACGGUGGGAUUAUAUAUGAGCGAGUGAUGGAAGAAGGUCAUGAUGCUAGCGGGGCGGAAUUUGAACUGGGAAGUGUUUCAUCCUCAUCUGACGAGGAGGAGAUUGGCUGGAAGGGCAAAAGCGGAAUGUAUGAUCCCCCAUUGGGAAGUGCUGGUGUGAAUGCUAUAAGAUCGGGUAUGGGAUCGAGGAUAGGGAGUAGAGAGAGGCUACAAGUUUCCAGCAGGAGCAGGAACGUCUCGCCGAGUAGAAGUGGAAUACCGAGGACCAGAAGCCCCUUGCCGCCGCGCAAUUAG